AUGUCCAUUCCCGACCCUAGUGCACACCUCUCUGAUCGUUUCGUGGUCGAAUCCAGCGACUUGCGUGCCGAAAUCGCCGCGAAGACACCCAUCAGAUUCGCCGAAGAUGGCGAGCCGUGCCUUCCACUCCCGGCACCCUUUGAGCAAUUUUAUCUUGGACCCGAGCGGCAUUCGGACUUGCCUUUUGAUGUGGCGAUGAUGAACGAUAUUCGUGUCGCUCGCACAAUCAUGGGCCCACCGUUUCCUGUUCAGCUCCUCGGCGCGCAAAAGUGGCUCGUUCGAGAACGUGAUUUUACCGAGAAGCUUUUCGCUGGAUAUGCCGCAGGCAAAUACCAGCCGGGCAACGUCGACUCGUCACCCUUUUCAGUCAUCCGCGAGCGAAAGAGGGACGGCCAGCCUGAUCCAUACGUCGGGCAGGUCACGAUUGGCUUCGAGAAAGGCCUGCGGAAGACACCAGUGAGAGAAGGAUGCGAGAGUUGGCGGAGGACGGAUGGAUUCUGGGAGAUGGGCGCGGCACUCAACGUUGAUUACCAGGGUAAGGGCGUCGCGUCUGCUGCGACCAAGGUCAUCUUUGACUUCGCUGUCGAACACCUUGGUGCGACAGAGAUCCAUGCCAACGUCCUGCAAACCAAUGUCGGUUCUGUGCGACUCUGGCAGAAGUUGGGGUUUGCGGAGGACGAAAGUGCUCGUGAGGAAAUCCAAAUCCCAGAAGCGAAGGGUGGUGGACUAGGAAUCAGCUGCCAAAGACAUCAUGCGUCGUUGCUGAUACCUGAAGAUGAUGCUAUCAGGGGCUGUGCACUCCCAUAUUUUGCUUCUUCCUCCACGUCGUCGAUGGCCGACCAAGUGCCCAAAGCCGAAACAGACCGCAUCUUUGCCGUUCUCCGAGGACAGAAAGAGAACAAAACAUGCUUCGACUGUGGUGCUCGUAACCCGACGUGGUCUUCAGUUACCUAUGCCGUCUACCUUUGUUUGGAUUGCUCUUCGGUUCAUCGUAACAUGGGGGUGCAUAUUUCCUUCGUCCGCUCCACGAAUCUCGACUCCUGGAGCGUUGGUCAACUACGUGCCAUGAAAGUUGGCGGAAACAAGGUCGCCGGCGAGUUUCUGCAUAAACACGGCCUCAAUGCAAGCUUGACCGGAAAAGCGAAAUAUGAGUCCAAGGCGGCGGAAUUGUAUCGCGAGGAUUUGGCCAAGCGGGUCAAAGCCGAUGCGGUCCGUUUCCCCGACGGUGUCGUUGUCGAGGGGGCCUCGUCUUCAGCAGCAGCGGCGGGAGACAGUGCACCUGCCGAAGAAGACUUUUUCGAAAGUUGGAGCAAGCCCAGCACGCCAAAGGAGACCAGUCGGGUUGGGACACCAGUUGUGCCUGUCAUUGGACGAACUGCUAGUGCAAAAUCCGUAACUUCCACUCCACCACCACAACCACAACCUACCUCGCCCCCUCCUGUUGUUGCUGCCCCCACACCUGUUGCCCCAAAACAACCUCGCCUUGGACUCGCUGCCGCUUCAAAGGCAUUAAAUACGACUGGUAGUUCAGCACAACUCAAACUUGGUGCAGGCAGCAAGAAAGGGAAACUCGGUGCACAGAAGGCCACUCCCGUUUCGUUUGCUGAAGCAGAACGUCGCGCUCGUGAAGAGGAAGAGCGGACUAAGGCACUCGGUUAUGAACGCGAAGCUGCAGCCGCGGCAGCAGCAGCAGCAUCACCUACCAUUAUCCAAUCAGCCGCCAGUCUGCCGACCAAAAGCACAACGACAACGACAAACACAACAACAGCUGCUCCCCAACCCAAACCAGCCUUUGUACGUCUUGGCUUUGGUGCCCUGCCCACGGCGGCGACCGCCUCAGCCAAUGCAGCUGCCUCCGCUGCCCAUCUCAAUCCAGGCAUCAAAAAGACACCCGUCAUUGAUGAUGCUCCAACCACGGCUCGCGAUAGAUUCGGUGGCCAGAAAGGCAUAUCAUCAGACAUGUACUUUGAACGGGGGGCAUACGAUGCCAACUCACACGCGGAGGCUCAAGAACGGCUCAAGAGCUUUGCCGGAAGGAGUGGGAUUGGUAGCGAUGAGUACUUUGGACGAGAAGAGGAUCCUCUUGACCCAUCAAACAGCCGCAACCAGCCUUCUUAUUUCGAAGACACGUCGCUUGCUGGUUUGGAGACCUCUGCUCGUGAGGCGAUUUCGCGAGUUUUGGCAAACCCGGAUGUCCAGAACGUUGGGGAGAGUAUAAGGGCUGGCGCGUUGAAGCUCUCCGACUACCUCGCGCAGGUUUCGACGUGA